AUGUCUUCCUCCUCCGUCGUCUCGGCCAACUCGGUCAUUGAGCUGAUCAAGAACCGCCGCUCCAACUACGUCCUGUCCAAGAACCUGGGCGACGUCUCCAAGGAGCGCAUCUCCGAGAUUGUCAAGGAGGCCACCCUGCACGUGCCCUCGUCGUUCAACGCCCAGCCCGUCCGCGUCGUCGUCCUCUUUGGCGCCGAGCACGAGAAGCUCUGGGACAUUACCGGCGACAUCCUGAAGGCCAUUGUCCCCGAGGAGAACUGGAAGCCCACUGGCGACAAGAUUGCCCUGUUCAAGGGCGCCGCUGGUUCGAUCCUGUUCUUUGAGGACUCCGAGACAGUCAAGAAGCAGCAAUCCGCCUUCCCCAUUUACGCCGACAAGUUCCCCCUGUGGGCCACCCAGGCCGACGCCAUGCUGCAGCACACCCUCUGGGUCGCCCUCGAGGCCGAGGGCCUCGGCGCCAACCUGCAGCACUACAACCCCAUCAUCGACGAAAAGGUCGCCGCCCAGUGGAGCAUCCCCGCCGACUGGAAGCUCAAUGCCCAGCUCGUCUUUGGCGGCAAGGAGAAUGACAAGCCUGGCGAGAAGUCGUUCAUCCCCAUUGACGAGCGCGUCAAGGUCUUUGGUGCCUAA